CUAAGACUCAGGAAGUGCGAAGAGCACAUGGCUAGCACGCUCAAGAAGUAAACAAUACGGGCGAUCGCGUCAAAUAGUUGCGGUUUAUCAUGAUAUAUUGCUGGGGAUAUGUCAAAUGAGAAGUUUUGAUGAUGCACGACUGACCGUUUGAGAUGUCACGUGUUGGAAAUGUUGAUGAAGCGCAUUAUUCUGUUGCAACUUUGCUGUUUCGCAUUAAGCAGGCAGAUCGGUUUCAUUACAAUGACUGGCGCCCCUUUAUAGUGUGUUUCAGCAUACAAUAUUUUUCUAUUAUGUUAUUAAAAUGUGUCCUUCGCGUGUUUACGUUUAGUUUUUAAUGCAUAAACUUGGUUGUUAUCGUUGUACACACAUCUGUCGGCAUAUAACCUUUGACCAGUCACGUGACCAUCAAUGCACUCCCAAAUCUGGGUAGGACAGAAUAGAAAAUGAAGUUUUUAAAACUUUUCGGACGCCUUAAGGCAAAUGUCAUUGGCAUGAUUCAUGUCCAAGCACUGCCGGGUACCCCCUUGAACAGAGCAACCGUGUCGGAGAUCACAGAGAAGGCAUGUCAGGAGGCAGAAAUUUACCAUCAGGCAGGGCUUGAUGGAGUGAUCAUUGAAAACAUGCAUGAUAUUCCCUACACCUUUGAGGUGGGUCCCGAGGUGUGUUCAUCUAUGACCGCUGUGUGUUCUGCAGUUAGAAGACUUUGUCCAUCCUGGCCGCUUGGUGUGCAGAUUCUCUCGGCUGCAAAUCAGUCAGCGCUGGCUGUUGCCCUGGCCUCAGGGCUGGAUUUUAUCCGUGCAGAAGGCUUUGUUUUUUCACAUGUUGCUGAUGAAGGCCUGUUAAAUGCUUGUGCUGGUGAGCUGCUGCGCUACCGUAGACACAUCGGAGCAGAGCACAUUCAGAUCUUUACAGACAUCAAGAAAAAGCACAGUGCUCAUGCCCUCACUUCAGAUGUUAGUAUAGCUGAGACAGCCCAAGCAGCUAAGUUCUUCCUCUCUGAUGGAGUCAUCGUCACAGGAACAGCCACUGGAGCUCAAGCUGAUCCAAAAGAAUUAAGAGAUGUAACGCAGUCUGUACAGAUACCGGUCCUUAUUGGUUCUGGAGUAACGCACAGCAAUGUGGAACACUUCCUUCCAGCAGGUGCUAUGAUCAUUGGCUCCCACUUUAAGAAAGACGGACAUUGGGCAAAUGAUGUGGAUGAAGAGAGAGUGAAGAAGUUCAUGGAGAAGGUGUACAAACUUCGGGAGUGA